ACCCGAGCAUCCAUCUGCAUCCAUCUCCGCUUCCCGAGGGGAUGCUGCAGGCCGGUUUGCAGGCGGUUUCCCCUUCGGAAGGGCCCUCCUCUGAGCAGUGCAGGGGCAGGCUGGGGGCAAGGAGAGGCUGUCCCCCGCAAACAUCCCCCCUUCUCCAUCCCUUGCGUCCCUUUUGAUCUCCGGGAGCUGGACCGGGGCGGGCGCGGCCGCCGCUGCGCAUCCUCCCCUCCCGCCCCACCCAAGGCGCGGGCAUGGCGCCGCUGGUGCUCUAUCACUGGACACAGUCCUUCUCCUCGCAGAAGGUGCGCUUGGCAAUAGCUGAAAAAGCCCUGGAGUGUGAAGAGCACGAUGUAAACCUGCCGCUGAGCGAGCACAAUGAGCCCUGGUUCAUGCGCUUAAAUUCCUCUGGAGAAGUACCUGUCCUCAUCCAUGGGGAAAACAUCAUUUGCGAGGCAACGCAGAUUAUCGAUUACCUCGAAGCGACGUUUGUAGAUGAGGGAGUACCGAGACUAAUGCCAGAAGAAGGGAGCAUGUAUUAUCCAAGGGUGCAACACUAUAGAGAGCUUCUAGACUCCUUGCCUAUGGAUGCCUACACACAUGGCUGCAUCCUGCACCCCGAAUUAACAGUGGACUCCAUGAUUCCAGCUUAUGCUACCAGCAGAAUUCGUAGCCAAAUAAGUAACACAGAAUCAGAGUUGAAAAAACUUGCGGAAGAAAAUCCAGACCUUCAAGAUGCCUAUAUAGCGAAGCAGAAACGCCUUAAAUCUAAACUGCUGGAUCAUGAUAAUAUAAAAUAUCUGAAGAAAAUACUGGAUGAACUGGAAAAAGUUUUGGAUCAGGUUGAGACUGAAUUGCAGCGGCGAAAUGAGGAAACGCCAGAAGGUGAAAAUCAACCUUGGCUCUGUGGUGAUUUCUUCAGUCUGGCAGAUGUAUCACUUGCUGUCACGUUACAUCGCCUGAAGUUUCUGGGAUUGGCAAGAAGAAACUGGGGAAAUGGAAAGCGGCCCAACUUGGAAGCCUAUUAUGAGCGUGUCCUGAAGAGAAAAGCAUUUUACAAAGUUUUAGGACAUGUCAACAACAUAUUAAUCUCAGCCGUUCUGCCAACAGCGUUCCGUGUGGCCAAGAAAAGGGCACCCAGGGUUCUUGGCACCACUGUGCUGGUCAGCAUAUUGGCGGGAAUGGGUUAUCUUGCUUUCUUGUGUCUUCGGAAGAGGUUUGCCAAUAUGACGUUAUCAUUUAGAACCAGGCAAAAUUAUUUUUAGCCCUGUCUGCCCCUGGUGGUAAGUGGAGGGCAUCUCUAACCACCCCACUCACAACCACCCUGCCCUGGGAAAGGUUAUGUCUGAAUUAGAACAUUGUCACACAGAACAUUGUCAUCUCCUGCUGUUGUAUAAUUGGAUGGACAAUGCUGAGAUGUGUGUGGAAAGUGUAUGUUGGGGUGACAACAAAGGAAAGAAGACUUUCUUUUCAGAUGAGGACCUAUAAGGGCUGUGACAGUACUUUGUUAAAGUGUUUACUGCCUCCUUCACCCAGUAGCUGACCUAAUUAUAAUGCUUUUAUUUAAUACAUCUGCAGUGAUGUGACAAAUUUUCACCGUGGGUGAAACGCAUUACUGUGCAGAGAUCAGCAUUGCUGAAAUACUGAAAACAGGACUUUAAAUGCUCAGAGUAGGAUUUAAGUGGAACAUAGGCUCUGUGCCUGUUGCAUACGGUGUCUCUGGGAGUGUUUCUCUACUGGUUAAUGUCUGCUGAUUUGCAGUUGGACCUUUAGGAAUGUGUUUCUUGUGGAGCCACUUUUGUCACUGCAUGUUCUUGCGUUAGUACAGGAAGAAACUUGAAAUAUAUGAACAUCAGUGAUUUGCGGGCCACAUGAGUGAAAUUCUCCAGAGGCAUCAGUGGUCAACAGAUACUAGACUUCUGCUGAAAUACAAACAAGUGAAAAACCUAACACUGGUCUUCUGAAAACCUUUUGGGUAGCCUUUGACUUAGCCAGGUACCCAGCUCAGCCACCAGCCCUGGCUGAGUCAAACCAAACCAUUAGGUUGGGACAAAAAUAAUUGCUGUUUUUAAUCAUCAGCUUUAAAGCAAUAGAUGUCCACUUAGAAUACAAUUUAUUAAGUAAAAUAAGAACCAUUAGAAUCUACAGUCUUUUGGCCAACAAGAAACAAGUCUAUUUAUUCCUGUAGUGUAGAAUUCUGGAGUCCUGGAACUGAUGAGUUCUUCAAAGGCAUUUUCGGCUGCUGCUUUUUUGUGGAAAAACUCCUUUUGCAAGAAGUUGGCAAGAUGCUUGAAAAUGUGGUGAUCAGUGGGAGAGAGGUCUGAUAAAUAAGCUAAGUGAGGUGGAGUUUCAUAGCUCAGUUCAUGAAGCUUCUGCAGAGUCAUUUGUGAGACAUGCAGUUGGGCACUGUCAUGGUGAAGUAUUAGUCCUUUUUGAUUGACCAAAGUUGGACAUAAACGUUGCAGUUCUCGGCACGUGUUCUUGAUUUCCUGGCAGUACUUCUCUGCUGUGAUGGGUUUGCCAGGAAUCAGGAAGUUGUAGUAGAUGAUUCAACUUCAUGAUGAACAGUGACCAUAACCUUCUUUUCCUGUAGCUUCGGUCUGGGGAGAUGUUUUGGUGUUUCACCUCAGCCCAGUCACUGUGCAGCACACCAUCGAUUGUGAUAUAGAAUCCAUUUUUUGUCACAUGUCAUAAUGCAGACAAGAAAUGGAUCAUUUUUGUUGCGCUAAAGAAGUGCAGAUCAGACUUCGUAAUUAUAAUGUUUUUUUUAUUUUUAUCCAAUUUGUGCAGCACUCAUUUGUAGAGGUUUUUUUUCAGUUUUGUGCAAAUGUUGAACUGCUGAGGGAUCAACCUUUAGUUCUUCUGUGACUUCUCAAGUUGUUUUGCAUGGGUCUGCCUCAAUAAUGGCCCUCAAUUGGUUGUCAUGUAUUGCAGAAGGUCGUGCAUGACCCUCAUCAUCUUCAAGGCUCUCAUUUGUGUUACAAAAUUUUUGGAACCAAUGUUGAGCUUGUGUUUGUUGAUUAGUCCUCUAGUCAAAUGCUUGGUUGAUGUUGCUCGCAGUUCCUGCCGCUCUACGCCCCCUUUUGAAUUCGUACAAUAAAAUUUCUCGAAUUUGCUUUUCCCCCAUCUUUAAUUUGUCAGUGUAAUAUAAAAAAAGAGUAAACAGUGAAAACAAAUCCGUGUACUUGAAUAAGUAGAGCGAAUUUUGUGCUUUAAAAUGGUAUACUACAUGAACAUGGUUAAAGAAAAGUUUAAUGCAAAAUAAGCAUCACAAUUUGACAAAAACAGCAAUUAUUUUUGCGCCAACCUAUUAUCUUAGUGCAAGUUUCCUGGUUUCUUUGGGGUGGCUUCAUACAGUUGUCUCCAUAUUAGUGUCCCAUGUACCCUUUCUUGUUUCCACUCUGAGCACUGGCUAUUUUUUGCACGCUGCUGGGCUACGUUAGCUAUUGCAUGUGCCACUGUGAAAUGUUUGCCCACAAUGUGCCACAGCCAAUUAGAAAAUGUAUGCACAACAAUGCAUUUUGUGAAAGUAAGUGAAAAUAGUUCACUAUCUUUCAGUCUAGUUAGGUAGCCUAGAUUUAAAAUGAAACUUAUUUAGCCAUCUGUUUACUUAUGGGGAGAUGUCAUACCUGUUGGUCCUAAGCGAAAAAUACAGAUCACAUUGGAGGCAGGUGAUUUGUCCUGCCGUUUUUUUCCAGAGUUGCACUCUUGUAGCAUGUAGGAAAUGUGUAUAAAAACACACUGAUUACUUUCCAGUACUCAGCACAUGGUGAGAUUUUAAUAAAAUUGAACUGAGCUCCCAUUCCUGUGAGAAAUACACAUUUACCUGAAAGCAGACUUUGAAUUAUUUUGCAGCAAGAAAGCAGUUGGGAAGGGCUAAAAAUUCUCAUGACAGUUUAGUAAGAUUUUUGUGUUCUUGAUGAAUGUCUGAAAGGCCUCAGAGCUUUCUUUACAAGCUGUAGAUAACUGCAAGCAAAACAUAGUUUCAAAUGUUUACCUAUCAACAACUGGUACUAACAGGCCUAAGUAGAUUGUAGAUCCAGUGCUGGUGGCUGUAGUCUUUGCACUAUUGCUUUUGAACACCAAGAAGAUCUGCUCUCAUGUUUGCAGCAAAGAACCGAGGCAGUUUCUAUGUGGACAGUCUCAACAUUAGCAGAUAUCAAUAUGGAUGAAAUUGUUGAGUAUUCCUGCUUAUAAUUGAAUAUUGUGUUAGUUUUCUAGCAAAAGAAGACCUAAUUCUCAUCUUACCUAGGAAACAAUGCUUUUUUUUAAUUUGUCAAAAUGACAGUCAUAUAUAAAUCUAUUUCAUGACCCUGUUGUUCUCAAUGACUUGUUUAAUUAAAUGUGUUCUGUUUAGAAAAGCUUUAUUAUCUCUAGAGUAAGUUUAACCAACAAUAAUAUUAAUGUGCUGGCAGCUUUAACUGAAUUUGUUGUUUGUAUAUUGCGAUUCAUCUUCAUUUACUUGUAACCAACAAAUUCCACUAAGUUAAUAAACACAGAGUAAGGCCUGUAACUUAAUGUUUUCCUGGCCUUUAUUUCUGUCAGGCCAUGUGUAAAAUAUUAUUGGAUCAAGUCAUGGUAAAAUGUAAUAUAUAUGACCUAGCUUUCUUUAGAAUUAAUUUAUAUUUUACUUUUUCCUUCCUCUUUUUUUUUUGUUGUUGUUAGUUUUAGAUAAGAACACUUAUGUUCCCAGAGGUGUGCUGGUUUACUUCACACUAGCAGCCCUGUGGGCUAUGAUACAGGCUAAUUACUAUUGAAGAAGUUUACUUCUCCCAAACUUCAGGUAUCUCUGCGCUUCAGCUAUAGCCCUCGUUGCCUGCUAGGAGCUGCAGGUAUAGUUGGGAAGGACUGAAAUGACCAGCAGAUGUCAGUGGUCCUCCAGGGCUGCACUUCGGCAUGCCUUGGAGAUGUGCAGGAAGACAAUGGUUUUUAUAAACAAAAUGGUUGUGACCUUAGCGUGAGAUGGAAUUGAGCAUCCUCAUCAGCCUAGCAAUCUCUCAAAAGCUCUUGAAACAACUGCUUUAGUCUGGUACAGGCUGGUUCUCUGGUACCUGUCGUUUAUGCUUAUGUUUAGUUUCUACACUGCAUAGACAAAGGGCAAAGUUGUUAAUAUUUCACAUUAAAAUGAAUGUCACUGAAGAGCAAUUAAACUUGUCAUUGCAGAGAGAACAUGGAUAAUACCUAUAGUAGUGAAAAGUUUUGAUCUCUAGUUUAAUUUGCGUCUGUUGGUUCAACUGUGAUAGUCUGCUUAUUUUCACUGCCCUGAAGUACUCUGUGCAACAUUGAUUUCUGUACAGGUGGCAGCAAAAGGCUUAUCCAUGAUUAAAUUCCCCAAAAUAGGAUGAGAUUUAGAAGCACAUAUGCUGUAUAUUGCUCUUUAUGCAGGAUAGCUUUUGUGUGGUGCUUGUAAAGCUUCUCUUCAGCCUGGCUUUUUUCUUUGUUGUGGUACCUCUGGACAUUAUUUAGAUUGGAAACACAUGCAAUCUCUGGUUUUCAUUGGCUAUUUGCUCUCAUAUCAUGCAUCAGAUAUAUUUCAUACCAUAUUUUUGUAUGUGGAACUUGCACAAUAAACAUCAAUUCUAGAUUUCUAGACUGGUUUAUGUCUUAUGUGUCAGUAAAGUAAAGCACAUUUGAGGAUCACCCAGUAUUGCUGUAAGGAGUCCAAUGCUGUUCAAGGAGAGAAGCCUCUGGCAUUUCAGUUUAGAAGAUGUUCAACCCAUUGUGUUUCAUGUACCUGGAAACGAUAGUUACAAUGAUAGUUUCCUUUGGUUGUCUGUCUGAGCUGUAUAUGCAUGAAGCUCAACAGAAACCAUUUAAUAAAAACCUGUUUAAAGAAGAAGGGCAAGCAGUUUUUAUGUCUUCAAUUAAGCGAUACCAAAACCCCCUGCUUCCCUUCUGAGUGUGACACGCUUCUUGGUUUACAUUGUUGAGCUGCAGAAGCUGGUGCUCCUUUCUGUAAGGUGCAUGACAAACAUGUAAGCUGUAUCCACACUGAUACUGUCAUUUACGGUGCACCCUGACCAGUUUUGGGCUGGCCAUAAGUUUUCAUUUUCUAUUUUUUUUUUUCCCUCAUCUUGCAUUAUAGCAGUCUUCAUUGGACCUUCUUUUAAGCGGAGGAAGAGGCAACACUACUUGAGACUUGCAUGUGUUUCCUCUCAGUAUUUCUGAAGUCAGUAGAGAAAGGGGCAUACAAGAAAGUUGGGGAGGGACUUUUUACAAAGCCAUGUAGUGAUAGGACUAGGGAGAAUGCCUAUAAAUUGGAGAGGGGCAGAUUUAGACUGGGCAUAAGGAGGAAUUUCUUCGUAAUGAGGGGGAUGAGGCACUAGCACAGGUUGCCCAGGGAAGCUGUGGCUGCCCCAUCCCUGGAAGUGUUCAAGGCCAGGUUGGAUGGGGCCUUGGGCAGCCUGAUAUAGAGAGAGGUAUCCCUGCCCAUGGCAGAGGGGUUGGAAUGAGAUUUUUUAAUUUUUAAGGUCCCUUCCAACCCAAACCAUUCUGUGAUUCUAGAGUCUGAUAGACAGCUGGUAGGUUUUGUGUUUCAGGAGACUAUGACACCUGUGAUCUAGGGACAAACUUUGAGGUGACCUUGAUGUUAGCAUUAAUUGGAAGUAUACACAGAGACUUUGCUGUGAAAAGCUUAUGUCUAAACAGAUGAGGAGCAAAAGUGAAUGGGGAGUUAAGUAUGCCAAGUAUAAAUACAUUGUCCAGAUUCACAUAGACAUACAUCCACUUCUGUAUAUCACAUUUUUAAAGGCAUUUUGUAAUUAAGUCUUAAUUCUAUGAGGGCAAGGAGGUUUUCUAAGGUUUAGAGAGCAGAUUGGCGUGCCCUAAUUCGUAAGGAUUACAGAUAGCAGUAGACAGAAAGUAGAUGAAAAGUAGUGGGUCUAGCUAACUGAAGCACACUGUGCUCUGCAAUAAGGUAUACAACAGAUUAUUACUUACUGAGGCCUCUUUAUUAAGUUUUUCCCUAUGUUUAGCUGAUUUUAGACAAAGAAGUAUAAGGUUGUGCUUAGGCAAUUUAUAAGAUGUGCUAGGGAAGUAAAAAAGCAUGUUGAAAAAUCCCAAACAAAAUACUGGGUUUUUUUUCCUCUUUUUUAAAAAAAGAAAUUAUUAGUUUUGGUACAGUGACAAGUCAAAAAGUCAAGCACUCAAAACUCAGGAAAUUCCAGAAGCCAGAGUUCUUACAAUGUUGUUAACUCACUCAUACAUUACUUCAGUAGCAUUUUUAUUUCUGUUUUGCUUUCUAAGUUACAAUCAUGGUGCUUUAUUUAAUGUGAAGUUAAAAAUGUUGCACCAUAAAAUAGUUAAGCUGUGGAUAAGCUUAGUGUAGUGGGAAGAUCUGUUGGAAUUUGCAGAGUUGGAGUCCUAGAUGUUUCCGUUUUAGCUUUACACGAGCAUUAUUUUUACUACAGUUUAAAAUACUCAUAUUGUAUAAAAGUGUGUUGUGUAAACUAGUAGAGAACACCAUAUAUCAAUAUUAGAGAUUUAUAUAUGUUAAUAUAUAUAUUUUGUAAUAUCCCUACUUAUCCUUUCCAUAUUUCUUUUGCUAAAA